GCUACACUCGUGUGGGCUGUACGUUAACGGCGAGUAGCCCGGAUGUGGAUGCGAGCAGGUCUCGCCUCCGUCGGUACACACGCUCACACACACUCGUUCACGCAGGCUUGCGCGCGCACACACACACACACACACACACACACACACACACACACACCAAGCGCACCUGGACGCGUCAUGUGACCCGCUACCUGGGCGUGGAGCAAAUCCUGACUGUUAUUUCGCCUCGACGCGGUGGUGUGUGUUGUGUGUGUGAAUGGGAGGCUCGGGCUGUGCGCGCGCUCUGAGCUCCACGCUCCAGCCUGCUCUCUGCAAAAGUAAGAUGUGAACUUUUGUUUUUGUUGCGUGGAGACGUUCUGGGGAGGGUUUCAUCCUCCUGGUUUCUUUUUUCUUUGUCAAAUUUUUUAACCGAACCCGCCAUUUGGACGUGUCUGGACCGCGCCUGCCAAGCUCUCCGGCCGGCCUCUCACUCUGGCUUUAGUUCAGACCAUCAGCAAAAGACCUCCCCUCCACCCAAACACUCAGCGCAGCAGGCAGGCCAUGUGGUUUUCAAAUGCUCUUCAAUGAACUGGACAUGGGAGAUUGGGUGCAGGUGGUCCUGCUCUUGGUGUGUGCCUCCUCCUUUUCGUGUGAGGGGACAGUUUUGGAGUUUCCCACCCUCACGCCCAUCAACAAUGUAGUACAGGACCCCGCGACAGGCCGAGUCUACCUGGGGGCUGUUAACGCCAUUUACCAGCUUGACGCUUUCCUCAAACUGGAAGCCAAAGCCGAAACGGGGCCUAAGAAAGAUGCUCGCAGCUGCACGCCCCCCGUGUCCACCUCCACAUGCAUGUCUGCGGACCUUAAAGACACGAACAAUGUCAAUAAGCUCCUUCUGGUGCACUCUGCGAACGGAUCCCUGAUCGCGUGCGGGAGCGUGUACAGAGGAAUCUGCUCCCUGCUUAACCUCAGCAACGUCAAUCAGCAGAUCUACUACAGCGACAGUAAAGGAGAGAGGACAUACGCCGCCAGCAUCGAGGACAGCGUCUCUGUUGUCGGGAUCGUGGCUACGUUCCAGUUUAAGGAUGACCCGGAGAAAAAGCCAUUCAAUGUCUUUUUGGUCGGAAAGGGCUACGGCAGCCAAGAGGACAACCCGAAGCUCAUCACCACACGCAUUCUGGAGAACUACAAGGAGUGGGUUGUGUUCGAGAGCAUCGUGGAGGCCUCCGCGGUCCAGGCCAUACCGUUCGCACCAAAGUACCAGCACCAAUUUCGCUUUGUCUUCAAAGACUCUGGCUUCGUGUAUUUCCUGUUCUCGCGCACUCAGGGUGGGACCGACAACAAGAACUUCACCUUCGUGUCCCGUCUGUGCGAGAACGACGAAGGUUACUACUCCUACACCGAGCUGCAGCUUAACUGCAGUGCAAAUGGCAUCCACUAUAAUAAAGUCCAGGCUGCAUAUGUGACUGAGCCUGGAAAGGAGCUCGGCACCAUGCUGAAUUCCGGCUCAUACGGAACCAUUACGGUGUGGGAUAAAGUGCUGUUUAUCGUGGCCACUCCGGACAGGGAGAACGCGACCGACUCAGCUCUGUGCAUGUAUCCAUUAAAGCGCAUUAAUGAGAGGGUGGAGGACAUUCUCAGCGCCUGCUACACCGACUACGGAAAGAUUGGAGGAAGACCAGCUGUGUACAGCCCUUACAUAUCCAGCACUGGCAACCCAUGUGCCCAUCGACAUAGCAAGGAAAUUGUGGACCAAAACAGAUGUGGAGCCGAGUUCCUGCGCUCUCCGCUGGCCAGCAGACCGGAGUUCGCCCUGCAGGCAGAGCCAUUCUUCACCAAACAGGCUCGAGGUCACCUGACAGCCGUGGCCAUCGCUGUGGAAAACGAUCACACUAUUGCCUUUGUAGGGAACACCAUGGGCGAGGUAUUGAAGGUUCAUUUGUCAAGCAAACCCGAGGUGUACAACAGGGUUCCUGGGGACACCACAGGCGAGCACGUGAAUAAGAAUCUUUUCUUCGACAAGACCCAGAGUCACAUAUACAUCACCACGGAGAAAAAGAUCACCAAGGUGCCCGUGCAGUCGUGCCACCAGAAGACUGACUGCAAGUCCUGCGUGGCCCAGAAAGACCCAUACUGUGGCUGGUGUGUCCUCGAGGGCAGGUGCACCAGGAGGUCGGAGUGCAGUCGAGCUGAAGAGAAGAACGGCUGGCUGUGGAGCCCCAGACAGCAAUGCGUUAAAAUAGUUUCCUUCCAUCCUCCGAACCUCAGCUGCAAGAGAUCCCAGCAGGUCGAAAUCAACAUUCCAUCGCUGCCCAGCAUCAGAGACUUUGACAGAAUCCACUGCACAAUCGGUUUGUCCAGUAGUAAAGCGACCAUGGUGGACUCGAUGGUCAGAUGCAACCUGCCUCCCCCAAACCGGCUUCCUCCCACACCUCCACAGCAAGAUUCGGUGGCGGUGCCGGUGAGGAUCUUUGUGAACGACAGCGUGGAAGUGGCCUCGCGUGACUACGAGUUCUACGACUGCGCAGCGGCGGUGCGCAAAGCGGAAAACACUCCCUGUAUAGCGUGUGUGAGCAGACCGUGGGCGUGCCAGUGGAACACUGCUGAUCACACGUGCUCGGAUAUGAACGAUGCCGAAACGGGGGCCAAUAUAAUUAAACACAAACAGACAAAGAAAUGUCCACGAUUUGAAAACCCAGAUCCCAUCCUCAUCCCAGUGGGAUAUAAGACUCGCAUCAGUUUUGAAGGAGUAAAUCUGGAGCCCUACAAGGGCAGAGAGUUCACCAUCGGUACAGACCUCAUGAAACAGUUUGAAGAUGACGUGAAAACGGAGGAGGGUCCGUUUUUCUCUUUCAGUGGAUACAUGUUUUCAUAUGAUAAAGCUCAGGAGACCAGCAUCCUGUUCCACAUUAAAGACAAGCACACGGAGAAGAAGAUUGACAGCACACUGAAUGUAACGCUGUAUAACUGUUCUCUGGACCGGGAGGACUGCAGUUUGUGUAAGAACACAGACUUUAAAUACAACUGUGUGUGGUGCACCCGGUCCCGAUCCUGCGUGUUUCAUAAACUGUGUCCCAGCGAUGAGGAGCAGGAAUGUCCAGACCCUGUGAUCUCAGCGAUAAGUCCACGCUACGGUCCACUGAAAGGAGGCAUCUCGGUCACCAUUAAAGGCUCUAACUUGGGCAUUCACAAGGACGAUAUCAAGAGCAUCUCUGUAGCUGGAGUUCCCUGCAUCCACCAGGAGGAGAAAUACUCUGUUUCAACCAGCGUGGUGUGUGAAAUCGGUCAAGUGAUCCACCGAGGUCCGCACGAAGGCCUCGUGAAGGUGGAGGUCAAAGGAGAGAGGAGAAGCAAAUCCUCCGUCUUCUUUACUUACAGAGAUCCCAAGCCCGAGGUGGUACAGCCCAGACGCGGUCCCAAAGCAGGAGGAACGAUCAUCACCAUCACCGGAACUGACCUCGAUACGGCAUCGAAAGAAGACAUUGACAUCUCAGUGGGUGGCGUGGCAUGCCCAGUAGAGGAAUUUGGGAAGCAGGUUACAUGUAAAGUAGGGCAGUACAGGAAUGAGAAAGUGCCCUCCGACCCCCUGGCCGUCACCGUGCGCUACGGGAAACACACCCACAUUCAGGUGCCGGCGUUCUUCCAGUUCUCCAACAACCCGGACAUUUCAGACCACCAACCAAGGAGCAGCUUUGACUGCGGCGGGAGAAAGAUCCGAGUGAUGGGCUCUGGUUUUGACCUCAUCCAAAAAGCCGUCAUCAUAGUUCAAGCUUCAGCAGAUGAAUGGGCCGGACUUCACACUCUAAUGGAGUUCAGUCAGGAGGCUCACAGUAAGAACGACACCAUGCUGCAGUUCCUCUCGCCGGCCGUGAACAGAACCUAUGAGAGCCAGUCCUUCAGAACUUUUAUCCAGCUGGACAACCUCAUCGAGGAGCUAAAACCGUUCGAUUACCACCCAGACCCUGUAUUCAACGAACUCCCCAACAAAGUCAUCCCGGAGAACAGCAUGAUCAUCGUCACGGGUCGUGGUUUUUCCAAAGCCAUGACAGCGAAGGAAGCGGAGGCGUUCGUGGGUGACGUGUCGUGUAACGUGAACACUCUUCAGGACGAUAAGCUGUUCCUGGAUCCUCCCACCACCACCCCGAGAUCCCGUUCCAAGAGACAGCGGAGAGACACGACAUCGGAACCGCUGGACCUUCUGGUUAAGUUUGGUAAUGGUGAGUGGCUGGUCGGCUCUGUGCACUAUGAGAGGAAGUAUGAAGUGAAACUGGAUACGAUUAUCAUCCCUGCAGUCAUCGUCCCAAUGCUGCUCAUCAUCGCCAUUUCCAUUGUGUGCUACAGGAGGAAGAGCCGGCAGGCAGAGCGCGAGUAUGAGAAGGUGAAGCACCAGCUAGAGAAUCUGGAGGAGAGUGUGCGUGAUCGCUGCAAGAAAGAAUUCACAGAUCUGAUGAUUGAGAUGGAGGACCACACGAAUGAUCUGAGCGAGGGCCGCAUCCCGUUUCUGGACUACAAGACAUACACGGACCGCGUCUUCUUUCUGCCCUCGAAAGACGGAGCCAAUGAUGUCAUGAUCACCGGCAAGCUGAAUAUUCCCGAAUCCCGCAAAGCCACAGUGGCUCAGGCUCUUAAUCAGUUCUCCAACCUGCUGAACAGCAAGACCUUCCUCAUCACUUUUAUUCGUACUCUGGAGGCUCGUCAAGACUUUAAUGCAAGAGCUAAGGUGUACUUUGCAUCUCUGCUUACUGUGGCUCUGCACGGGAAGCUGGAAUAUUACACAGACAUCAUGAGGACACUGCUAUUAGGGCUUAUGGAUGAAUAUGUGCAUAGUAAAAACCCAAAACUGAUGCUGCGCAGGUCAGAGACGGUGGUUGAGAGGAUGCUCUGUAACUGGAUGUCGAUUUGCCUCUAUCAGUUCCUAAAGGACUCUGCAGGAGAACCUUUGUAUAAACUCUUCCGAGCCAUAAAGCACCAAAUAGAGAAAGGUCCAGUGGAUGCACAGGUGAAGAAGGCUAAAUACACACUCAAUGACACAGGCCUGCUGGGUGAUGAUGUGGAGUACUCCAUGCUGACUCUACAGGUUUUGGUUCAGGGUGAGGGUCCUGACAUCACCCCAGUGAAGGUGCUGGACUGUGACACUAUUUCUCAGGUGAAAGAGAAGAUUAUUGAGCAGGUCUACAAAAACCUACCCUACUCACAGAGACCCAAAGUGGAGAGUGUCACACUUGAGUGGCGCCCCGGCUCCACAGGGCAGAUCCUGUCAGAUCUUGAUGUGACCUCGCAGAAAGAGGGCAGAUGGAGGCAUCUUAACACGCUAGCACACUACAAUGUUCGAGAUGGUGCCAUGCUAAUCCUUUCCAGGGUUUUACACACCCAGCAGUCAUAUGACCAAAACCAUGACAACCACGAGGAGAGAAAUGCCCUGCUGGAGGAUGAUAAAGUGUUCCAUCUGGUCCGGCCGGCUGAUGAGCUGGAUGACGUGAAGUCGAAAAGAGGCAGCAUGAAGGAUAAAUCCAUGACCAAAGCCAUCACAGAGAUCUAUCUCACUCGUCUGCUCUCGGUCAAGGGCACGCUGCAGCAGUUUGUCGAUGACUUCUUCCGCAGCGUUCUCUGUUCAGGAACCGUGGCGCCACCUGCCAUUAAAUACUUUUUCGACUUCCUAGACGAACAAGCCUUAAGGCACGAGAAUGUGGACGAGGAAACCAUCCACAUCUGGAAGACCAACAGUCUCCCGCUUAGGUUCUGGGUGAACAUUCUGAAGAACCCUCAUUUCAUCUUCGACGUCCAUGUGACAGAAGUGGUGGAUGCCUCAUUAUCGGUCAUUGCUCAGACCUUCAUGGAUGCCUGCACUAAAUCGGAGCACAAACUCAGCAGGGACUCCCCAAGCAACAAACUUCUCUAUGCAAAGGAGAUCUCCACGUACAAAAAGAUGGUGGAUGAUUACUACAAAGGAAUCCGAGUCAUGGUGCCGGUCAGUGACCAAGACAUGAACACACACUUGGCUGAAGUGUCACGGGCUCAUACCGACAAACUGAACACGCAAGUCGCCCUCCAUCAGCUUUACCAGUACGCCAGCAAAUACUACAAGGAGAUCAUCCUGGCUCUGGAUGAAGACCCUGCAGCUCAGUGUAAGCAGCUCACAAUGCGACUCCAGCAGAUAGCGGCCGCUCUCGAGAACAAAGUGACGGAUCUGUAACCUGGUCCACAGAGAGACGGAGGAGAGAGAGAGAGAGAGAGAGAGAGAGAGAGAGAGAGAAAGAAAACAGAUAUACGUGGAAGGAAAAGUGCCGCCGGUCACGUCAGACUGAACGAAAGUCCCUUGGUGUGUAAUUAGCAUAUAAAUAUAAUCAGAUGUUGAAUUUCUUCCUGUGUAGAGAGAAAAAAAAGGUUUUAAGAAUUGUAUUAUAUAUUUUUUUUAAUUGUGCAGUCUUUUUGCGGAAAGCUUUAUAAGGAAGAAAUAUCUUUUUAAAUUGACAGCCUUGUGUUGAUUUUGUUUAUAAAAAUCUCUGGAUAAAUGUGAGAAGUUUGUGUGUACGUGUGCUUCUGUGUGUGUGUGUGUGUGUGUGUGUGUGUGUGUGUGUGUGUGUGCGCGCGAUUGACUCACUGCUGAUUGCUCACACACAGGAUGCCUAAAUUCUGACCAAAAGGGAGAUGCUCGGUCAUUGGUAUCGAGCGUGUGUGUAUCGUUUUUGUGUGUGUGUGUGUUCACCCUGGAACCAUUAUGCAUUGUUCUAACAAAACUGGUCACCUUUUGAAAGCACAUAGACGCAUUUCCCAGCAGGUGAGUGCCGUGAUGUUCCUGUUGAUUCAGAUCUGCUGUGUUUUCGGUGUUUCCUGAGGAACCCGAGGAGACACUGAGAACACCAAGCAUUACUAUCCACAGGAGCUGUCCAAAUCCUGAACUCACCAAAACAGCACAGAUAGGCCACAGUCCUCAAAAUCAAACGUCUCUCAACACAAGGCAUGUCAUUUUCUUUGUGUGUGUGUGUGUGUGUGUGUGUGUGUGUGUGCGUGUGUGUGUGUGCUGCCAUCGUUCAUAUCAGGAAUACGGAUGUUGUCACGUGUUGUUCAGUGCACAGUUUCGCUUUGUCUCAGAAAUAGAUUUUCUUUUUUCUUUUUUUUCACUGUGCAGCUUGCUUGACGAUAAUUGGUUUCCGAGGCGAUCGCAGCACGCCCGUAUUCCUCUAAGGAUGGCGGCAACAUGAGCGAAUCCAACGCUCCUUUGGCUUUUUUAAUAUCAUAAAACCGUUUGACUUGGGGGUGGUGGGUGGUGGGGGCUGACUUUGUCUAGGAUUUCACCAAAUUCUUAUUUUCUGACAUUUCACAAUACGUAGGUUUCCAUCGUACACCUUUUGCCAGUUUAAAACACUGGAAGAUUUUGAGGGCUGAUCAACAUCUUGUUCUCCGAUGAAAGAAACCUCUUGCGUUCCAUUUUUCGUCAGCGCCUUCUGUGCAUCGGAACGAUUCGAUCCUUCAUCCACCUGCAGGAAGCGAAUCUCCGAAACGAGCACUUAGGAACGAGUGGCUGCUAAAACUGAAAACGGUACUAUUUUGUAACCUGAUCGAAUUAAUCGUAAAAAAAUAAGAACAUACAAUAAUACCUGCUGUGCGUUUUUUUUUUUUUUUUUUUUGUUUUUUUUUUGUUUUUUUUUAAAUAAAUACUUCAAUAUUUGUACUCUCAUACCUCUAGAUGUCAUAAAUGUAAGCACCAAAAACUGCAAUACACAGAAAUCCUUCUCACUCUUGUUGAGUACUUUGAGCUUUUAAACGUAGCCUGUAUUUCUUUAGUUUUCCACAGAGCUGUUCACUGUUGCUUUCUGUUCUCGAUCUGAUCGUUUCAAACUGCGAACGGCGAUUUUGGUCUUUGAAAAGACGGAUCUCGUUCAUAUCCGCAGGUUUAUUUUCCUAGCCGUGUGCGUCUCAGGGCCUGUUUCGCCCCUGAUUUUUACUGCCAGUCGGACACAUUUCGCUCUUUUGAAUGUUGGGAAUUUUGUCGUCGAAAAACAGUGCGGUUUGUGGUGAUGAAGCCUCGUGGCGCUUGGCACUGCCCACUCGAUUCCCCUGCGCUGUAACGAAAGCAGCAGGAGCCGUGUUUGAUCUUAAUUGCAUGUGGGCUGCUGACGCCGAGCUUUUUCCAAACACGUUCCUUCGCUUUUCAUUUUCCGUUCGCAAACCCGGAGCCGCUUCUCCCCCCCCAUAUAGCUCGAUGUAAAGCUUCUUCAGCCUUUCUUUCACCAAAACGUGCCUUAACUGAUAAGUGUUACACCUUUCUUUCUGUCGAUUCUUGAUGAUAUUUGGUGAUAAUGGCGAGUUUUAGUCAUAGGGUUUAGUCACGCUUGCAGUGUAUUUGCAGCCGUGGUGUCGAGUGUAAGUAGGAUCAUUCUGUGCCGUAGUCACAAUGUGCCAAUAGGCUAAUCAAAUAAGAGAGAAAAAGGCAGUUUUUAUAUUCGUGUGCAUCUAUGGGGCGUCUAUGGCUCGUGUUUUGGUGUGUGUGUGUGUGUGUGUGUAUGGGUGGGUGUGUGUGUGCUUUUGUAGUUGUAAUGGGAACAAGCUUAGAUUAGUGUGAACUGAACUAAGCUGUGGUGAAUGUAAACUAAUUUCCCCCAAAGCAUCUGCGACUUUUUUUUUUUGUUGUUCAUUUUGUUUUUGUUCCUCAUCCGAAAGGAGAACGAAUCUUCAAUAGAAGUGUUGCGUAGCACAGGGUGUUUCACUGUUGUGUUAUCCCUUAGAGCUAUAAUUUUGUUUCUAUGCUAUUCCAUAGUGUGUAUGACAAAAAAAUAAUCUAUACUCGAUGACCUUCUUACUGCUGUGCAGUUAUUUUUAUUCUUUCAUGUCUUAUGAUAUUAUAUGCCUUUGUAUCAACAGAAAAGCAAAAUCUGUCGACGAUGUAUUCUUGUGUAAUAUCCUAUGCAUUUGAAGUCCUAGGAAAAUGGCGAUAUGUUGUGCUGUUAUUAUCGAGAUGUUCUUUUUUUUGUUGUUUUUAUUUUCCCUUCCUCCCUCCUCGUGGUCGUAUAGUGAACCGAGAUCCCUGGGACUCUACCGUACAGUAAGGCAGGAGAGUAACGAUUAGCCGUGGCUCUUUUCAGGCCUGGCACCUCAGAAGACUUCUCCCAUGCCUAAUCUGUUUGUACCGAAGUGCUCGCCGCUCAGCAAGGGUCAAGGCCUGACAAAACACCUUGCGCCCUUACAUCAAUAAAGAGACACUUCCAUUUCA